CCCAAAGGAGUUUUGUCCUCGAAGAAAAAGAAAAAUGUUACCGGAAGCCGCCUCCGAUCCCGAGCUCCCCACUUCCUCGCCGCCAACUCGAUCGCCGGAGCAUGGAGAGCGGUCAGCAUCGGAAGUGCGGGGAUCUGCCCUCCGAUCAUAUUCUUCUCCGCAGGAAAAUUCCUUCUGGACCCUGCAGAAGUUGCAGGGUAUCAUUCCCGAGAUGAAAUUGAAAUAUAAAGUUUAUGAAGAUGCUGCCGUUCAAAAAGUUAAAGAUGGGGUUGUGAUUGCGGGUGAGCACCCUGCUGCAACAUUUGGCGUUGCAGUACUUUCAGGUCUACUUCUAAUGCGAGGACCUAGAAGGUUUCUGUGGCGUCAAACUUUAUGGCGUUUCCAAAGCGAGGAGGCUCAACUUGGGAAGAUUGACUCUGGCUUGAAAGAACUUGGCCAAUCUGUUGAAAAGCUCAAGAAAGAUGGCAAAAAUAUGAUUUUGAGAGCCAGUUUUGGAGAGGAAGAAUUACAACGCGGUCGGACUAAAAUAAGGGAUGCAGGUAAAGAAAUCCAAAGGUUGGUCAAAUCAAUUUAUAAGAUCGAAUCACAAGCAGCAGAUGUGAUGGAUGGACUGCGUGUAAUCUCUGGCAGAGAUGCUCUGAAACUCCGAGCUGAAGUUGCCUCAAUGACUUCUGAUCUGAGACAGCAGAAGCGCGAACUGGACAGAAAAAUCUUAAAAAUAUCAGAACAUGGGGUUCCUGUAUGAUUGAUUAGAACUUUCAUUUACAUUUAUACCACCCAAUUCUUAUGUAUUUACAUAUCUACCACCUAAUUUUUGUUUUUUUUACAUUCAUACAAUCCAUAUCGUUGAUAUCACAUCAAAGAUUCCUUAAAAAAAUAUGGAAUACAUCUUUUCAUGAUAGGUAAGAUGGCAUAUAUGUAAGAAUUGAAGUUUG